AUGUAUGUAGCGAGAGAUAUCCCUCUGCUUCACCAACUAGCUUCCUUGUCCCACCACUUCUCUCUCUCUCUCACAUAAUUCGCGACUUCUCACUUCUGUGGAGGAAACAGAACCUUAGAAGCAAAGCAACUCAAGAAACAAGGAGAAGGAAUGGCGUUGAAGCUGAACGCCAGCAAUUUUCAGUAUCCAAAAUGCGCUUCUUUUGCUCUCCCGCCGGUGGCGACCAUCAGAUCUCCUAAGUUCUUCAUGGCUUCCACUCUUCGCUCUGGUUCCAAGGAGGUUGACACCGUGAAGAAGCCCUUUAGCCCUCCGCGUGAGGUUCAUGUUCAAGUUACACACUCUAUGCCACCACAAAAGAUUGAGAUUUUCAAAGCUAUGGAAGACUGGGCUGAGAACAAUAUACUGGUUCACCUUAAACCUGUAGAAAAAUGUUGGCAGCCUCAGGAUUUCUUGCCAGAUCCUGCUUCUGAUGGAUUUUACGAUCAAGUCAAGGAAUUAAGAGAAAGAGCGAGGGAGAUUCCGGAUGAUUAUUUUGUUGUUCUAGUUGGAGAUAUGAUCACUGAAGAAGCUCUCCCGACAUACCAAACUAUGCUUAAUACCUUAGAUGGUGUGCGAGAUGAAACAGGGGCGAGCCCCACCUCAUGGGCGAUUUGGACGAGGGCAUGGACUGCUGAAGAGAAUAGGCAUGGGGACCUUCUUAAUAAGUAUCUUUAUCUAUCGGGACGGGUCGACAUGAAACAAAUUGAAAAGACUAUCCAGUAUCUGAUUGGCUCAGGAAUGGAUCCUAGGACAGAGAACAAUCCUUACCUUGGAUUUAUCUAUACAUCCUUCCAAGAAAGGGCUACUUUUAUCUCCCAUGGCAACACCGCCCGGCUUGCCAGGGAGCACGGUGACUUGAAGCUGGCUCAAAUAUGUGGUACUAUUGCCUCGGACGAGAAGCGUCAUGAAACUGCAUACACCAAGAUAGUUGAAAAGCUAUUUGAGAUUGAUCCCGAUGGGACGGUGCUCGCUUUUGCCGACAUGAUGAGGAAGAAGAUUUCCAUGCCAGCCCACUUGAUGUACGACGGACACGACGACAACCUUUUUGAUCAUUUUUCAGCCGUAGCCCAACGGCUAGGAGUCUACACGGCAAGAGACUAUGCUGACAUCUUAGAGCACUUGGUUGGUAGGUGGAAAGUGGAGAAUUUAACGGGAUUAUCAGCAGAAGGGCAGAAAGCUCAAGACUACGUCUGCGGAUUGCCUCCAAGAAUCAGAAGAUUAGAAGAGAGAGCUCAAGGGAGGGCCAGGGCCAAAGAAGUACCAAGAAUCCCAUUUAGCUGGAUAUAUGACAGAGAGGUGCAACUCUGAGUUGACGAUUCAGACAAGCGCCAACAAUUGAUACUACUGGUAAGGAAAAGAGAAAACUGCACUGUACUUUGUUUGCAAUUCCAAUUGUCGUUUUUCAAGUCUCAAAUGUUUUUCGGGGGAAAGAGGCUGUAGAUACUGGUUGGUUCUGUUGUCCUGUCGCUAGAUCUUCGUGUAACGCAGCUCUAGUUAUAAUGUUGGUUCGAUACAUGUUCUGGUUUGUUUUGUCUCUAGCAUUUGUGAUUGCAAACUGUGUAAUGUUGUAAGGCAAUUUUGGUGAAGUCGUCAUUGCUUUCUCCACCGCAAGAAUAAGACUUCUGUUCAUGUUGCAAAGUUUGCUUGAGCAAUAUGCUUUUGAUGAAAAUAAGGUGUGAAAACAUGGUAUGGUU